CAUUGUUUUCCUGCUGUUGUCGACGCGAGUAAAAUUUUUGUCCAACUGCCAAAAAAACUUCUAAAAUUGAAUAACACAUAAUUAAAUUUCGAAGUAGGAACAAAAUUGGACACAAUCCGUAAGCUAAGCAAUAAGUGAAAUAAAGAAAUAAAGUAUAUUGCCGAGUUAAAUGCUUUGAAAAGGUGAUAAAAGUGUGAUUGAGGCACCUGCUUAAAUGCACUAUGUGAAAAUAAUUGUUAAAUUAGCAUCGCUUAAGCCCAAAGUCAGCAAAAAUGUAUAUAAUAUGGAUUACCUAAGGGAUUUUUGUGGAUUGAAUCAGCUUUAUACAAAAGAAUAGACGUCAAACUUUGCACAGAUUUUAUUGAUUUUUCCUUUGUAAUUGGCCAGCAAGGAAAAGUCAGCGGAGAGCGCACUCUCUGUCUGCUCACGGCUUUCCCAUUUCCCUCACCAAAAGUGCCGCUCUCAUUUUGCCCCUUUGUUUUGCUCAGCUUGUUCGCAAAUAAACAACCCAAGUUACCCCACAAAAAUUCGCCCGAAAAAUUAUGUAUUAUCAGAAAUGCAAAAAAAUAAGAUUAUAGACAUGAUAAGUUGCUCAUGAGUGUUCGAAAACUAGCCGAGUCAUUGGAAGAUUAUCGCCCUGAGAACAGAAACUAAUCCCCCGCUCCCUGCACUCCAACAUGCUGAAUAGCCGGAGCCCCCCUCAGUACAAGCAGCAUUCCCCGGGGGGCUCCGUCGGCUCCGUCGGUUCCGCCGGUUCCAUCGCCUCCGUCAAUUCCACCAGCUCCGCGUCCCAGUUGCUGGGUCACUACCAAUCCGCCUACGGACAACAGGGCCAACACUCGCACGCCUGCUACCAGCACCAAUUGCAGCAGCAACAUCAGCAGCAGCAGAAACAUCAGCAAUACCAUCACCACCAGCAUCAUCACCACGGAGGACGCACCUCGCUCACCCCCACCAUGAAGCGGGGCAAGAAGCAGUGGGGCACCAGGGAAAGGUCCGGCAUGAGUUUCCUCAUCGUCAUCACGUUCUUCGCCGUCUUCGGAUUGAUCAUACUGACCGAGGUCUUCAUGAUCGACGAGCGGACCCACAGCGGCAUGUUGGCAAUGCGGGCGGGCGGAGGAGGAGGGGCCAGUCUGGGCGGACGGAUGGGCGACUCGAUGCCGGAUUAUGAUAAUGUUAAGGACGAUUACGAUCUAUUGGAUGCCAGCAUUUUGAGUGAUAAUAAAUUAGGAUUUAUACAGCUGCGUGACAAUAAACUGAAAAUUCAAGAAGCCGCAGGCGCCGAUGGCCAGCGCUUGGCAGGAAUGCUCCUCAAUGGCGGCGGGGGCGGUGGAGCGGGAGCGUUCGGUGUGAAUGUACCGCUCAUACCCUGGGGCCAGGUGCUGCCCGGCAAGGUGGAGGAGACGCUGCCCCACUUCCCAUUUGGCACUCGGCCCACGGACGGCGCUUGGCAGGUUGUCAACGGCACCCGCUUCAAGUUCUUUGUCUACUCCGCCUACUUCGAUCGGCGCGAAGGAGCGCGUCUGGUGCGAGUGGUGGGUGCCACCAAGACGAGGGGACCGGAGCGGGUCUGGUGCCGGUUCUGGUAUGGACCAAGUGCUGCCAAUGCCUCGGAUGGGGGCUCCUCCUCCUCCUCGACACGUGCCAAGUACUCCUCGGCCACUGUGAUGGCCCGCGUCAAGAUCAUUCGCGAGAAUUGGAAUUUAAAGUACAGCGCCUGUUUUAUCCUGUGUCCGGUACGAUCUCCGCCUCUGGCCGUUCCCCACUUUGUGAGCGUGGUGUCACGCCUGCGGGCUCCCCCGGGUAAUCUACUGAUCUUGCGAAACACCGACCAGGAUGCGGAUUUUGCGGCGAGUACGGCGCGCAAUGCGAGUGCCAGGAAAGGAUUGCCGGUGGGUCGGCCUCCGCCGAGUGGCGAUAACAUACCCGAUCGUAUAGCCGUCUGCGUGAAGCCCUUACAUUUUAACUACGAUCAAGCGCUAUAUCUGAUGGAAUACCUGGAGUUCUACGCCCUGCUGGGUGUCUCUCACUUCACCUUCUACAACCACACCUUGGGACCGCACGCCUCCUGCGUUCUGCAGAGCUAUCAGCAGGGCCUGGUGCCCGCAAAUCUUACCGCCCAUGAUCUGGAACCGCUGCUGCCAGCGGAGGCGGCCAAUAAUGCCACGCCCCGCGUUCUUAGAACGCAGUACGAACGACCUACGCUCAGUAUCUUGCCCUGGAACCUGCGCAUGCGCAGCCAGAAGGAGAUCCGCACCGAAGGACUCUUCGCGGCCCUAAACGACUGCCUCUACCGCACCAUGUAUCGCUACAAGUAUCUGGCCCUGGUCGAUCUGGACGAGUUCAUUGUUCCCCGCUACUCGGACACGCUUAACGAACUCAUUAGAUCUCUGAACCAGCGCUUUCGCAAUCGCAACACGGGAGCCUAUUCCUUCCAGAACGCCUUUUACUAUCUGCAGUUUGCCGAUGACAGUCUGGCCAGUUCGGGAAUAGAGGGUGGCAAUGACCAGCUGGCCAGUGUGCGGGCUUCUCUGGUCACCCAACGAAAGACCCGCAGGCGCUAUAAGCUACAUCCGCAAAAGCAGCGAUCCAAGUACAUCUGCAAACCGGAGGCAGUUGUCGAGGCGGGCAAUCACUUUGUGUGGGAAUUCGCUCCGGGAAAAGGGUCCCUCAACGUUCCGCCAAAGGAGGCCAUUUUGCAACACUAUCGGGUUUGUGAGUUCGGUGGCAACGACUGCAUCAAGGCGCCCUCAAUAGUGGAUCGUACCACCACUAAGUAUGUAAAUCGCCUGGUCCAGCGGGUGGAUGCGGUCUAUCGUCAUCUGCGCCAGCGUUGCGAUCUUCCUGCCCUGCCCCCGCUGCCCAAGACCAAGGAGAAGCCCAAGGAAAUGGCCAAAGAGAAGCCCAAGUAUGAAGCCAAGGAGAAGCCCAAGUUGCUGCAGAAGAUGCGAGAAUCGAAAGCGAAGGACCCUCGAUCCCUGGGUGUCACAACGAAGGAGAGCUUAAUCAAAGGAAUGGCUGUCACAGCUGCCCCAACAACCAAAACAACAACGACGACGAAGGCAACAACGAAAAGAGUGACAACGAAGAAACAGCAGCUGCAGAAAUCCAUCCCGGUCACCACACCCAUGAUCACUACGGCAAGGACUUCAACAGCCCCCAAGCAAUCGCAUCCUUCGGCCAAUGUGCGCAAGAAACGAAAGCUGAUCGUCUUCGAGAUCAAUGAUUUCGGGAUCCCCGUGGCCCGGGUGGAGUACCAAUGAGAUAGGGACUUGGCGGGCAACAUUUAGACGGGGCUUUUGGUUCGUUUCUGUGCCAAUUAGUUUGAGAUUAUAUUUUGGUUGUGCUCCGCUGCGGUUAAUCAGAAUGCUCAACAAUCGAACUGACCCUUACGAUUUAAGUAUACUUAUUUGCUCACCCUAGAAGUAAAACACCGCACGCAUUUAAGUAAGCCCAAAGCAAUACCACAAGAUUCUAGCAAUACGAUCUCGAAGCAACGACAUCAGCAAAUACGAAUACAGUAUAGACAACAUAUUAUAUCUAAAGUCCUUUGAAUACUUUUUGAGUCCUCAAAAAUAUUUUCCAGUUAUCAAAAUUUUAAACUUAUCAAACCAAAAUUUUUUUUGGGAUUUAUUUUUGAUUCCAACCAAGAGCAGGUUAUAAAAACGUGAGACUUACAAAAGGUCGCUUUUUGUAUUCUAACUGCACAAAAAAUACUCAGACAAUGCUAGAUAGAAGCAACUAAUGAAAUUAUAAUCACUAAUGACAGUUUAGUUUUUCUUCUUGUUUUGGAAAAUAUUGUUUCCCAAUUUUUGGUAAUCCUAAUGCAAAAUUAUUCCUAAGCAAAAUUCAGAAAAUUCCUAAAGCGAAAUUCAUAUGUAAUCUAAGCCAUUGUUUCGUGUUGUAGACUAAGCAGUAAAAUAUACGAAAGGAAGUUAAAGCAAAGGCAUACAGAUAGUGAAUAUGUAAUAAUACUUUCCUUGCGAACUGUUAGUGCAACAUUACCAUUUCGCAAGGCAAAAAAUCCUCCGAGGUACGCGCUUAGACUCUGAAUUAGCGGGCUAUGAAAGGCUUAGGACAUAUCUGCUUGUCCCUAGACUUGAUCUGGCAGCAAAAAUCGAAAGUAAUUAGUUAAGGCUUACCACAAAACUGAAACGAAUUUUCAAUGCUUCGAAAUCUGUAUACUUUUUGUUUGGCUUAGCGCGCAAAAGGUAUAACAUAAUUAUAAAGUAAAUCAAACAUAACAUUAACGAAAUAAACAAAGACGUAAUGGUCGAUCUAUAGUAAUUAAGUGGCAAUUUCAGAUGCUAGAGAGAUCUAUUAAAUACAAGAAGUCAAUAAAAUUGCAAUUAAGCAAACUAAAAUA